AUGUGUACAAAAUGGCGUCACAGAAUAUCAACUGCAUUUCUGAACUGUGUGCUGAUGAGGAGAUUUAAGAUAGCAGUCAGGAAGUGGCGGAGAAUGCGCCUCUUCCGAAAAAGGGAUGAUCUAUCUACGACGCGUCAGCAGUCAAAUGACCAAGCACCGUCGACAUCUGGUACUCCUGCCCACUUACCCCGCCCCGUGCCCCCAGAUCCGCUACUGGAACCAGAUGAAGGUCAAAGACUGAGGGAACAACAACUUAGACAAUUUGCAUUCUUCCAACUAAGGAUACAUCUGAAGAGGGGCCAAAACCUAAUAGCUAUGGAUAAAAACGGCACCAGUGACCCCUACGUGAAGUUCAAGGCUGGGGGCAGACUGCUUCACAAAUCGAAGAUCGUGCACAGGGACCUCAAUCCAGUUUGGGACGAGUGUUUCACGGUACCGAUCGAGGACCCGUUUGUUCCGAUACAGCUUAAGGUGUUCGACUACGAUUGGGGUCUGCAAGACGACUUCAUGGGUUCCUGUCACCUCGACCUCACAGCAUUAGAACUAGGUCGCACUCAAGACCUAGUCCUCUGUCUUCGAGAUCCCAACAAACCGAACCAAGAUAUGGGGGAGAUUGUUCUGAACGUCACUUUGUGGCCGAAAUCGCAAGAAGACAAAGAGCAGUAUCUUCUGAAGAACACAAGGUUAAGUGACGUGAACAAGCGGCUGAAGGCACAGAUCUGGAGUUCCGUGGUGACAAUAGUCCUUGUGGAGGCUAAGAAUCUUCAAGCAAUGGAUGUAGAAACAAGAUCCAGUGACCCAUAUUGCAAAUUCAGGUUAGGUAAUGAAAAAUAUAAAAGUAAAGUUGUGUGGAAAACGUUACAUCCAUCAUGGUUGGAGCAGUUCGACUUUCACCUCUACGACGAUCAAGAACAAGUACUUGAAGUCACUGUGUGGGACAAGGACAAACAAACUAAAGACGAUUUUUUAGGGAGGUGUACAAUAGAUUUAACAAAAUUAGAACGGGAAAAAACGCAUAGCAUUUGGCAGGACUUAGAAGAUGGCAAUGGACAGAUAUUUCUUUUGCUAACAAUCAGUGGCACCACGCAAUCAGAAACAAUUACCGACUUGGCAAGCUAUAGGGAGAACCCUAGAGAUAUAGAAAUAAUCGAAAGAAGAUACGCGUGGUAUCGACUUAACGAGUACUCUAGCGGUGUCGGCUGGCUGUGUGUUAAAGUGUAUGGUGCUAAAGGUCUAGUUGCGGCGGACUUGGGCGGAAAAUCGGAUCCGUUUUGUGUAUUGGAACUGGGUAACGCACGAUUACAGACGCAUACGGAAUAUAAGACUCUGACGCCGAAUUGGAUGAAGAUAUUCACAUUUACAGUGAAAGACAUCACAUCAAUACUGGAAGUGACAGUUUACGAUGAGGACCAUGAUCAUAAAGUAGAGUUCCUAGGUAAGCUUGCAGUGCCCUUACUAAACAUACGGAACGGGGAGAAGCGCUGGUUUGCGCUUAAGGAUAAGAAGAUGAGGGCGAGAGCUAAGGGAAACUAUCCGCAAAUAUUGCUGGAGAUGAUGGUUAUAUGGAAUCCGUUGAAAGCGGCUAUAAGAGUGGUAAAUCCAAAAGAACCUAAGUACAUGCACCAAGAAUCGAAGUUCAAGAGACAACUGUUCGUACGAAAUGUGAUGAGACUGAAAGCAAUAAUAAUGUGGUUUAUAGAAGUCGGGAAAAUUCUACAAGACUGCUUCGAAUGGGAAUCUAGAUUACUGUCGUUUCUAGGUCUGUUAGCGUGGCUAGCAUUCUGUUAUUAUUAUCAAAUGUGGAUGCUGCCAUUCUUACUCCUAGUGUUUUUUACAAGGAAUUGGUUAAUUUACAGGCUUACUGGAGGAAACCCACUAUUAACACCAGUUGAUGAUGACGAUCUCUUAGCGGAGGAGGACGACGAUGAUGACGUAGAUAAGGAAGAAAAGAAAUCACUGAAAGAGAGAUUACAGGCAAUACAAGAAGUAACGCAGACAGUCCAGAACGCCAUUGGUUAUGUAGCGUCGGUGGGAGAGGCCGUUAAAAACCUUAUGAACUUCACAGUGCCAUAUCUUAGUUAUUUAGCAAUAAUAAUGUUAUUUGGAGCAAUGUUAGUUUUGUACGUGAUACCGUUACGAUAUCUCCUUAUGGCGUGGGGUGUUAACAAAUUCACAAGAAAAAUACUUCGACCACACACGAUACCCAAUAAUGAAGUUCUAGAUUUACUGUCUAGGGUACCGGAUGACGAAAUAUUGCUGGACUGUAGAGAGCUUAAAACUCAUGCGCCGAACGAUACUCGAAGAGACGCUAGAAAAAAACACAAGGCGGCGUAG